AUGGUGAGGCCUGUUGGGCUCCGGCAUCUGCUGGCCAGCCCUUUCCCUGAAGAUGCCAAGGAGCUGCUGGCCUUCAGCAGCACCGCUCACUUACCCUUCUCUCUUCUCUGCCCUCUUACAGGCCUCGGUUAUGACCCAUACAACCCUGAGCUGCCCAAGCCCCCAGUGCAGCGAGAGAAUGGUGUGCUGGGCCACAGCGAUGAGUCCCGCUCAGACAUCCUGGAGCUGGAGCUGGUCAACCAGGCCAUUGAGGCGGUGCGCAGCGAGGUGGAGCUGGAGCAGCGGCGCUACCAGGAGCUCCUGGAGACAGCCCGAGAGUAUGGAGCAGCUGAGCCUAGUGCCAGCGGGGCCUCCGCCCUGGCACCCCGAGGCCUGGCUGCCAGCCCCUCCGAGGGCCUGGAUGAGGGGGCCUUUCCCCUGGCCUUCACCUAUACCCCUGGAAGCCAUGGCCUGCUCACCCCUGAAGGCGGCUACCAGCCUACUCCACUGGCGCCUGCGGAGCCAGGCAGCAAGUACUCACUGGAGUCUCUGGAGAGGGGCCAAGGGAAGGCGGGGGCCACCCUGGAAUACGUUCCCAAGGCCAUGGGCCAGUCCCAGCGGUACGGCCGCCCCAUGGCCAGCAGCAAGUAUGUAGUGGACAACUCCAAGCCAUCCACGGACCUGGAAUACGACCCGCUUUCUAACUACUCAGCCCGGCACCUUAGCAGGGCCAGCUCCAGGAACGAGAGGGCCACCAAGCGUCCCCGGUGUCCCCGUGGCAGUGAGCCCUACAUGCCUGCUGUCAAGAAGCCCUGUGACCCCUUCAGCAGCUGUGAUGCCAGGUUCUCAGACUCGGAAGAUGAUACUACCAUGCCUCCAGGUGGCGACAGGCCGGUCAUAGCCAGCGCCCCCAAGGCCAGUGCUGGCCCUGAGAACGAGGCCACUGGGAAGCCAUCCUCCAGGGAGGCCCCGGAGCCUGAGGAGGGUGGCCUUCGGGAGACCAAGGAGAUAGCCGUGCAGUAUGACGUUGGGGACCUCGGGCAGCCCCCAAAGGACCUGGGUGUGAUGCCCUUAGACAAGUCCAGCUCCCCAGCCAAGGCCUUGGAGGAGGAGGGCAGCCCUAAGGAAGGCAGACCCAAGAAGAAGAAAUGUGGGACUACACCCACCCCCAGCCACAAGGAUAAGUCCCGGAAGAAAGACAAGAUGAGGGACCGAGACCGAGGGCAGGCCCAGGGUAAGUCUGGGCUGGAUAAGAGGAGUCUGCAGGCCAGCAGCCUCCAGCACAAGGCUGAGAAUCCAAAUGGGACCAAGAAAAAGCCAUCUUCAGCCACUCUGGUGGCCAGCUCAGGGAAAGGGAAGCCUGCCCACCCAAGCGGUGGGGGCACCUGGGCCCAAGACUCUCGCCCCGGCCCCCAGCAGCAGCCAGAGAGGAAGGGCAGCAGGAAGGUUCCAGCGGGCAAGCUGGGGGAGCGCAAGGCCCGCUCGCUGGACGAGGGUGCCCCCCGGGAUGCCCCCAAGCUGAAGAAGAGGGCCCUGAGCCAUGCUGAGCUCUUUGGGGACGAGAGUGAGGAUGAGGACUCAGGCCCAGGGCCUGGGAUGCCACGGGCCUGGCCCCCAACUCUCCCCAGCCUCAGCUCAGACUCGGAUUCAGACUUGGACUCGGAAUCCAGCCUGGGUCUCUCCAAAGUGCAGCUGCCCAAGUGGCUCAGGUCCUCUCCGCCACCCACGCCCACCCUCAGCCUCACCCCCACGCCCCCAGCCACCUCAACAGCAGCCUCAGCCUCCACCACCGCCACCGCAGCUAUGGCAGUGUCGUCCUCCUCGUCCUCCCCUUCCUCCUCCUCGUCCUCCUCUUUCCCGGGGGCCAGGGAGGAGUCAGAGGAGGAGGACGUGGACUACGCCGCCCUGGAGAAGGAGGUCGACUUUGACUCAGACCCCAUGGAGGAAUGCCUGCGGAUCUUCAACGAGUCCACCAGCGUGAAGACAGAGGACAAGGGCCGGCUGGCGCGGCAGCCCCCCAAAGACGAGAAGAGUGAGGAGAAGGGGCACGCAGGCCUGACCACUCUGUUCCCGGGGCAGAAGAGGAGAAUCUCGCAUCUCACCAAGCAAGGCAAGGAGGUGGAGCCCCCCAGGAGGGGCCCAGUGGCACCCCCAGCCCGGCCCCCAACGGCGCAGGAAGUGUGCUACCGACGGGCCCAACAAGCACAGAGGGAGUCAGCCAGCUGGCUACAGGCUGCCCCAAGACAGCCAGAGAAACUCGCCUCUGUCCACAUCUCUGCCCCUGGGGAGAAGAGGAGGAUCGCCCAUGUGCCCAACCCCCGCCUGGCCACGGCUCCUACAGGUGCCAAGAGGACCCUUUCGGCCAGCAGCAGCCAGGUGCCUCAUGGCCCCGAGCCCGGCAGCCAGCCGCUGAAGACCCGCACACUGUCGGGGAUGGCGUCCAAGACCACCACCACCAUCACCCCCAAGCGCAUUGCACACAGCCCAUCUCUCCAGAGUCUAAAGAAACCCAUUAUCCCAAAGGAGUUCGGGGGCAAGGUCCCCACCGCCAUCCGCCAGCGCUAUCUCAACCUGUUCAUCGAGGAGUGCCUCCGGUUCUGCCCGUCCAACCAGGAGGCCAUAGAGAAGGCGCUGAAUGAGGAGAAGGUGGCCUACGACCGCAGCCCCAGUAAGAACAUCUACCUGAACGUUGCCGUGAACACCCUCAAGAAGCUGAGGGGCCUGGUUCCCAGCGCCGUUCCCAGCCUCAGCAAACCCAGUGGCCGGAGGGUCGUGUCCCAUGAGGUGGUGCUGGGGGGCAAGUUGGCCGCCAAGACCAGCUUCUCGCUCAGCCGGCCCAGCAGCCCCCGGGUAGAAGACCUGAAAGGGUCCACCCUGUACAGCCGCCUCAGGGACUACCUGCUCACCCAGGAGCAGCUCAAGGAGAACGGCUACCCCUUCCCCCACCCCGAGCGGCCGGGGGGUGCUGUUAUCUUUACGGCUGAGGAGAAGAAGCCCAAGGACGCCUCCUGCAGAAUCUGCUGCCGCUGUGGCUCUGAGUACCUCGUGUCCUCCUCUGGCCGCUGUAUCCGAGAUGAGGAGUGUUACUACCACUGGGGGCGGCUCCGCCGGAAUAGAGUGGCCGGGGGCUGGGAGACGCAGUACAUGUGCUGCUCGGCCUCCGUGGGCUCCGUUGGCUGUCAGGUCGCGAAGCAACACGUGCAGGACGGCCGGAAAGAGAAUCUCGAGGGCUUCGUGAGGACCUUCGAGAAGGAGCUUCCAGGGGACGCCCACGCAGGGAUUUACGCCCUCGACUGCGAGAUGUCGUACACCACCUAUGGCCUGGAGCUGACCCGCGUCACGGUGGUGGACACGGACAUGCAAGUGGUGUAUGACACAUUUGUGAAGCCUGUGAGCGAGAUCGUGGACUACAACACCAGGUUCUCAGGGGUGACGGAGGCCGACCUGGCCGACACGAGCAUCACGCUGCGGGACGUGCAGGCCGUGCUGCUGAGCAUGUUCAGUGCGGACACCAUCCUCAUCGGGCACAGCCUGGAGAGCGACCUGCUGGCCCUGAAGGUCAUCCACAGCACCGUGGUGGACACGGCCGUGCUGUUCCCGCAUCGCCUGGGCCUCCCCUAUAAGCGCUCCCUCCGGAACCUCAUGGCCGACUACCUCAGACAGAUCAUCCAGGACAACGUGGACGGGCACAGCUCCAGCGAGGACGCCAGCGCCUGCAUGCACCUGGUGAUCUGGAAGAUCCGGGAGGACGCCAAGACCAAGCGAUGACGCCGCUGCCUCGCCUGCCCCAUGCCGCCCACCCUCGUGCCGCCCCCUCCAGCCCCGGGCCUCUUCCAAAACAGUGCAAUAAAUCUGAGAGCUAAUCCUGUCGCCUGGCCGCCACGCCAAGACAGGCAACAGGCGGACAGGAGGGACGGACGCUGAGGCAGGCCUGGAAGCCCUGCCCCUCCCCUCUGCUCCCCUGUCCCCUGCGGCGGUUUUGCGGGCUUGUUUGAGACAGGGGUUUUUUGUUUUUUUUUUGUUUGUAUUUUAUUAUUUUUUAAUUUAAACCCAAUGACUUGCGCAGUUACGUCCCCACCCCAGAAGCAAGGCCCUGGUGCUGCUUUCCUCCUUGGGGACAUGUGUGGGUGGGAGCCAGAGCCAAUUGGGGUGCAGUACCCCGGCCUGGCCUCCAGGCUGUCCUGCUGGCCUUGGGGUGGCGGCUCCUCAGUCUCCCUCCAGCCCACCGACUUCCUUUUGUGACCUCCAAGAAGUGAGCCAGCCUGGCUCAGGGGCUCACCUGUCACAUGCCCCUUGGCUUGAUGGCCUCUGGGACACUGUCUUCCCGCAGGGGCCCCCACCCUCCUGGGCUCUCUGUAUCCCCUUCCCCAUGGCCCCUGGGCAGGGACGGAAUAAACAUUUGUAUGAAU